UUUUGGAACAUGCCUUUGUGACUUAAGCAAGCAAUAUAUGGUAAGACUUGACUUUGGCGAUUAUUUUUAACAGUGUGACGAUUUUCUUUUCUCUUUAAUUUUUGAGUUUCGGUUUCAUUUCUCUGAAACAAGGCGUUGCUCUAACUGAGGAGUGUGUUUUUUUUUAGGUCAGUCCCACUUUUAACAACAGUGUAAGUUAGCUCCCUUGGUGAAACUCAUUCCAGGAUGACUUCAGUUAUUUCAAGAUUUGUCUUCAAGACCCUGUGCGAGCACCAGGGAUGUUUGGACUUCAAGCGUUUGGACGAGAAGCUGGCACAAAGUUUUACUGUUGCGGAGCCAGUCCUACAGAGAGUUCUCUUCGACGACGGUAAAAUAGCGAUUCAAGAAGGAAGAGAGAAGAGUAGUCAGAUACUGAGCCCGGACAGUCUGGUAGUGGCUAAAACCAGCCUGCGGCUCUGUCAGAAGAAACCCGGAGAGUGUCAAGAGUGUGAUGGGUUACACCUGUGCAGGUAUUAUGUCUGCGGGGACUGCACGUUCGGACUCAAGUGUAAAAACCCCCAUAGUCUGGCUUUUCCACACAAUGCAGAGCUUUUAAAAACAUAUGGCCUUAACGAUUUGACGGAGAAACAGCUGUUCCAGCUGUUACUGCAGAAUGAUCCUUAUCUGCUUCCUGAGAUCUGCCCACAUUACAACAAGGGCAAUGGUGUGCACGGUUCCUGUAGGUUCACCACCACCUGCACCAAGCUGCACAUCUGCCAGCACUUUGUCCAGGGUGACUGUAAGUUUGGCUCUACCUGUAAGAGAACCCAUAAUUUGGAUGUGCAGGGAAAGAAGAUUCUCAGAGGAUUCAGUCAGGAGAAUAUGACAAACCUCUUUGAGAUCUACAGAAAUAAAUUCAUCAUCAUGGGUCAACAGGAGAGACGAGCUAUCGCUGUUCCUGUGCUGCCAGCAGUGAAAACCUCCAGUCAGCAGCCCUCCUGCAGCAACCCUGGAUCCCCCACUAGUGCUGCUUGUCCAUCUAAACUAAUAAGUGAUGCUGAGAAGAAUGAAAUCUGCCUGUUUUUCAUUCGCAGACACUGCAGCUUCAAAGAGAGGUGUGCUCGUGUCCACUGGCACCUGCCUUACAGAUGGCAGGAGUUAGAAAGUGAUGGCGUGACCUGGAAGGACCUGCCUAAUAUGGAGGACAUUGAGAAAGCUUACUGUGACCCAGGACAUGACACAAGCUGCACGGAUUCACCAACGCCUCCCUUAGCAAUUUUUAGAUUUCUGACUCUUCAAAGCUCCCCGGAGGUGAAGUCAGUUGACUUCGCUACAAUGACAUAUGGAGGGUCUCCAGUUCGACGCCUGUCCACUGCAUCUUCUGUGUCGAAGCCGCCUCACUUCAUCCUGACAACAGAGUGGCUUUGGUACUGGAAGGAUGAGAACGGGAAAUGGCUGGAGUUUGGACAGGGUGACGGUGACCGACCAGCCUCUGUCUCUUCUAAAACUCUGGAGAAUGUGUACCUGGCAGACAGAGAUACUGAUAUUCCUUUUAGUGCGGGCAAACAGCAGUAUAUCCUCCACUUCAAAGAUGCACUGGGAACGCAGCUGAUGUAUCAGGAGAAUGUAAAAUACAAAACCAAGAGAGAGGUCAGACGGAGGCCUCUCUUUGUGUCUGCUCACGAUGUGGAGGUGAAGCUAAACAGUGGCAGUGACUCAUCACACAGCUCCACUUCUUCCUCAGCUGAAAGUUUCCCCUCCCACUGGGACAAGUCUGCCCAGCCCGAUUUUGGAUACAAGCUCGUACCUCUCUCCAAAUCUGCGAAGGAGUAUACAAUGAUUGAGAAGCUCUUUAAGCGCACCAUGCCCCACAGUACAAUUAACAACAUCCAGAGAAUCCAGAAUUCCUCUCUGUGGAAAGUCUUUCAGUGGCAGAAAGAUCAGAUGACGGAGAGGAACGGAGGGAAAUCUGUGAAUCAGCAGUACUUGUUCCACGGGACGGAUGAAUCCCUGAUUGAAGCCAUCUGUGAGCAAAACUUUGACUGGAGGAUGUGCGGCGUUCAUGGAACGUCUUACGGCAAAGGGAGCUACUUUGCCAGGGAUGCGUCCUACUCAGACAGAUAUGCUCGGGCCAAAAGAAGCCUGAACAAGAUCAUGUUUGUUGCUCUUGUCCUGGUGGGGGAGUACGUCAGGGGAAGCAGCAGCUAUGUGCGGCCCCCACCGAAAGGAAACAGCAAAACCCUGUAUGACAGCUGCGUCGACCGGGAGAGCGACCCCAGCAUCUAUGUCGUCUUUGAGAAACAACAGAUCUAUCCAGAGUAUAUUAUCGACUACUCAUGAGUCCCAAUGAUGUUGUUUCCUUUGCUUAAGAUUAUGGUCAGGGGGAUGCUUUGGUAAAACUUUACAAUAACCAUAAUUUAUAAACAGUAAACAUAUAGUUUAUUAAUGUUUAAUCAUAAUUUAUAAACCAUAUAUAGGCCAUUUAGAAUAGUAAAUACAUAAUUUAUUAAUGUUUAACUAACUACGUCAUUUAUAAAUGGCAAAUAGAUGGUUUAUUAAUGUAAGUUUAUAGUUACUUUACCAUUAACAAUUACAUUAUAAUGAAAAGUUUAUUAAUAGUUUUAGUUGCACUCAUUAUAACAUUUUAAACACAAUAUUAAGUAUGUUAAUGAUUUUGAAAUGAGUCAUAUACCUUUAAGAAAUUGGUUGAAAACAUUUAAAGAUUAAAUAUGUAUGGCACUUUGUAAAUGGUAAAUAAUUGGUCUAUAAACCAUCUAUAAACAUCACUUAGUUGGUAAUUGUAAAGUGUUACCGAUGCUUUUUGCAUCGACUUGAAGCAGUGAGUGGCUUUGUUUAAGGUUUGUACAGUUAUACCACAGUGGAAGAAGAGUUUAGCUGCUUUACUGAAUUAACUGUAGUCAUAUAAAUAAAAGUUCUACAUUCAAAAGUUUAUAAUCCAUCAUUGCAUUAACAGACAUAUAUACAGGUUAUACAGGUGCAUCUCAAUAAUUUAGAAUAUGAUGGAAAAUUUCCAGUAAUUCAAUUCAAAUAGCUCCAACAAAGUAUUGAGUCAGAUAGAUUGACAUACUUUUCAGAGGCCAACAUUUCCAUAUUAAACAUACUUUUUAGAAUUGGUCUUUUGAAAUAUUACAUUUUUUGAGACACUAAAUGUUAGGUCUUCAUUAAAUGUAAGCCAUAUUAUAAUUAGAAGACAUUAAAUAAAUUAAGACAUGAAAUGUUUCAUCCUGUGUGUAAUGGAUCUAUAUAAUGUGGGAUUUCCACUUUUUGAAUUUAAUUACUGACAUAAAUACACUUUCCUAUGGUGCUCUAAUUUAUUGAGAUGCAUCUGUAAUACUUUUAAGAGUAGUGGAGUUUGAAGUAUAAAGUAGAAAAAAUUAAUAUACCCUGGGAUUUUGUAUUAAAGUGUGUCCUGGUGAAUUUAUGUGUAAAAUACUAUUGCAGAAUGUACAGAAACAGAAAAUGCUUUUCUGUCAAUUCUUGGUAUGGUGUCCAUGUUGUUGUGGUAAGAAUGCUAGCUGCAGGUCAUUAUUGCAAGUCUAAAUGAAGCAUACUAAGGCCAACAAGUAAACAGGUUUUCAUAUAGAGCAUGGAAUUCAUUGGUUGUGAUGUAACAAACAUAUUACAAACUGCCAUUAAUGUAGUCAGUGUAAUUUCAUAACAGAACAAGCCAACAAAGAUAAAACUCCUGAUCACAUGUUAAUGUUUAAUUAAACACAAGUGGUUUUAAAUGUACAUCAUUCAAACAGGCACAUUCAGUCAUCUACCUUUAAUCACAUAAACAUGUUUCUCAGAAACAUUUCUAAUAAUCCCUAAAUCGCUAUCAUAUAUUUUUCCACUUAAUCAUUCAGGACUGCAAUUCCUAAGCAUAUCAGAAGACCUAGCAAACAUAAGCCUAAAGUCUACAAACCACAAUUCCCAAAAAGUUGGGUCGCUGUGUUAAAUGUUGUUUAUGUUCUAUUGGGAAUAAAAUAUUGGUUUAUGAGAUUUGCAAA